AUGAAGCGGGAAGUAUGGCGGAGAUGGAGAGACGUGACGGUUGUGGUCCUGUCACUCAGAUGGCGAAUUACGAAGGUCCUGGUGUGGUUGACCUUUCAAAUCAGGGUCUCCACAAGAUGGAAGUGAAUUUUUCCUGUCCCCCGGACACUCAAACUCUCGUGUUAGACCAGAACCACAUCAUCAAACUAGAGCAUUUGGAGAGAAAUUCUGGGCUUCAGCAGCUGUCUGUUGCCUGUAAUCGUCUGGUUCGCAUGAUGGGUGUGUCGAAGCUCACCCAGCUAAGAGUCCUGAACCUUCCCAACAACAGCAUUGGCUACAUCGAGGGACUGAAGGACCUGGUGCACCUCGAGUGGUUAAACCUGGCAGGAAACAACAUAAAAGUCAUAGAGCAACUGAACAGCUGUAUGGCUUUACAACAUCUGGAUCUGUCUGACAACAACAUUUCUCACACAGGUGACCUGUCAAAGCUUCAUGCAUUAAAGACACUCCUCCUCCAUGGUAACAUGAUCACUAGUCUGCGCACUGUCCCUGCUCAUUUCCCUCCACAACUCACCGUCCUGUCGUUGGCUGAGAAUGAGAUUCGAGAUGUGAAUGAGGUGUCCUACCUAGCACCUCUCCACAACCUCGAACAGCUGUCGAUAAUGAGCAACCCAUGUGUAACGGCUGCCCCCUCUUUGCCCGGGUGUGACUAUCGGCCGUAUGUUGUGAGCUGGUGCCUUAGUCUGAAGGUGCUCGAUGGAUACGUGGUCUCACAGAAAGAGGGGCUUAAAGCAGAAUGGUUGUACAGUCAGGGCAAAAGCCGCACAUACCGUCCCGGGCAACACCUACAGCUAGUUCAGUACCUGGCCUCCACCUGCCCACUGACCUUUUCAUCUUCGCUGCAGUCUGCAGAGGACACCAAGUUGGAGAGAAUCCUUCGCAAACAGAGGCAGCAUCAGAGACAGCUGCUCCAGGAAAGUCACUGUAAUUCUCCAAGCCCCCCUCGUCCGACUCAGCUGGACGUGGAUAAUCAGCAUUGGACAGACGCAGUCAAAACUGAAGCGACCACAAGCAAGAGUUCCACGGUCAUCAGUCAGCCAGAUGGUCCUAAGCCGAUAGUCCAGGUGAAUACGUGGACGGCCAAUCCACCCUCGGUAAUUCUUCCCAGCAUUCAGCCCUCUCACUGUGACGAGGACAGUCUGAUUUUAGAAGACAUGCAGACUGAUGAGGAGAAGCUUAACGGCAGCCUGCUGUCCUCAGAAUCCGCCUUCCUGCCUGUGAACUCAGUGGUGCGCUCACCGUCACCCGUUGACAGCGAGGAGAGCGAGCUCUAUGAGCCCGAUUCGCUGGCUCCUCCGAACCCAGACCGCACCCAGCCCUCGACGACAGAGACCGAAACUUCCUUUGAUGGUCAAGUAACUGAAAAUCACGCUCAAACAGAUGCUUCAGAAGUGUGCACUGAGCGACCUAAAGUGGCAGAGCGCAGUCCUGCUGAGGCAGCUGUGAAGAUUCAGGCAUGGUGGAGGGGACACUGGACUCGACGGCGACACCCAGAGGCCAGAGAAGUGCGCAACGAGAUUCGCCUCCGCCGGCUACAGGAUCACAUUGUUUAUCUUACCGCAGAGCUUCAGAGGGUGAGAAAGCAGCAGGAGGAGGAGAAGUUGCAGAGGAUGGUCCAGGAAGAAGCGGUGAAAUUUCUUUGGAAACAGAUUCAGUCCAUGCUGGAGGUGCAGUGCUCACUGCAGGAGCAGCUGACUCGUGUGUCCACCUCUCAGAGCCACGCUGUGGGCCCUGUGCCCGCCUGCUCUAAAGACAAAGGUCCACCCAUGCAGAGUGAAGUCUCAAUCCCAGAAUCAGGCUUCCAUUCUCCGGGUGGUCAGCAGGGGGCGCUGGAGGACAGCAUGGGCAGCGUGGCCACGGCUGGCUCUCCAAAAACAGUGAGGACUCCACAAGCAACACUUUCACCUGAGAGAGGGGCAGAUGGGAGCAGCCAGGACUGCAGCUUGCUCGAGCAGUAUCUUUCCUCCGUGCAGCGACAAGAACAGGAAGAAGAGGAGGAAGAGGAGGGUGAGGAAGGGUGCAUUUCAGUCCUCUCUUCACCUCAUAGACCGGAGCGAGGUGCCUCUCCAGAUGUUGAGAUGAAUAGACAAGGACGCACCCUGUUAAACGCAGAGAUGUAAAUAAAAUGGUACUGUUUGCACAAUAGAGAGAUUUCACCUUAAUGAUGCUAACAGGGUGAAUCAGGAAACUGAAGACCAGUUGAAUUUAUCAAAGACAUUUACUCACUUUUGCUUAUUAUUGGUCCUGUUAGCAGAUUUGGGUUUUCUGAGGUGUUCCUCAGCACUGGAAACAUCAGAGCCUGUAUAUACGAGAUUGGAUUAGAUCCUACAAUAGCAUGUUGGUGUUUGUUAUAGAACAUUGUUAGAACAUAUUCUAACGCUAGUGUUGUCUGCUUCAACUAAACAGUCGAUGCCUCAGAAAAGUUCAUAUUUAUUUUUGUAACGUUGAUCCUUUUACUUGCGAGAUGCAAUCUCACACUUAACCGACUAUUCCAUUUAUGAUUAUACCAGACUGUGACAGAUUAUGACAUUGUCUGUGUGUUGUACACACGUGAUGUCCUGGUUACAUCCCAAAACACUCUGCUGAUGACGCUCACAUGCUGGGUAAAUUGUUUUGCUUUCUUGGUUUCUCUUUGAUUUGGCCGAUAUACGGCUUGAUUAUAAAUAAUCUGAUGGUUUGGUAGGGGAGAUAGGUCAGGGGAAGUACAAAACUGUGCAAAUGUACAGAAUGUGUAUAAGGAGGACUGGAAUUAAGGACCAUGGCGUUAAGGCGUCCACAGUUUUGCAUUAUGUGUUUUUAAAAAUGGAUCUGACUGACUUGAAAGUCGAGACAUAAAAUCCAGGCUGGUUUUGUCUUUCACUAUUUGAGUUUUUAAGGGUGUGGGUCAGUUUUGCGAUCCAGCUUAGUAAAUAAAUUACUUUUGCAGGAAAAUUAUAAAUAAAUACCACUACUGGGAUCCAUAACAACUUAAGACUAGACACAACAGAGUGUCAUUAAAUUACCACAUUUAUUAUUUAUGCAUUUAUUAUUUAUUUAUUUACAAAACUGCAAUUUUUAAUCCUGAAUUUUACAAACUUAUCGUGACAUUCAGAAUGUUUGUGGAUCGAAUGCACUGAAGCAGUGAAACUGUAAAUAUUUCUUUAUGUAGAUUUAAUCACAUGUGUAGCAUGUAAAUCAGCUUGUAUUGUUUCCACAACAGUUAUUUUUGUAUCUGUGUUUUAUAAAUGCACUUUUUUUUAAAAAAUAAAAUGUUAUGCCUUA